UCGAAUGCUUUACCAGUUAGAUGCAGUUACUGAAAUAGGAAGACUGAGAAAAAAACUGCCAUGGUGAAACCUGUGAUUUAAACAUUAAAAAUAAUUUACAAAUAUUAAAACAAAAACAAAAAACGUAAUGGAUAAUGUGACGUGGAUGGAUGUUGCAUUACAAAGAGCAAACGAUUCGUUAAAAGUAGGCGAAGUUCCAGUCGGUUGUUUAUUUGUAUACAAUAAUGAACUCAUUGCUGUAGGUAACAAUACAGUUAACGAAACACGUAAUGCAACACGACAUGCAGAGAUAAACUGUAUAGAUCAAGUUUUAGAAUUCUGUAAAGUAAAUAAUUUGAACUAUAAAAAGGUUUUUCCUGAUAUCGAUGUUAUUGUUACCGUAGAACCAUGCAUAAUGUGUACAUCGGCAUUAUAUCAACUGCGAGUGCGUAACAUUAUAUAUGGUUGCGCAAAUGACCGUUUUGGCGGUUGCGCCAGUGUUUUAGAAAUACCUAAAAUUUACAACUCGGAAACAAAGAUAAUAGGUGGUGUCAAGGGUGAUACAGCAAUGACUUUGUUAAAAGAAUUUUAUAAAGGUACAAAUCCAAAUGCACCCGAGUCAAAAGUGAAAAAGGAACACAAACCAACAAAAUGCCCAAACAUAGAAAGCAUAUAG